AUGGCUCCGGUGUCGGCACUCGCCAAGUAUAAGCUUGUGUUUCUGGGAGAUCAAUCCGUCGGAAAGACAAGUAUCAUCACUCGAUUCAUGUACGACAAAUUCGACAAUACGUACCAGGCCACAAUUGGUAUUGAUUUUUUAUCAAAGACAAUGUACCUUGAAGAUCGAACCGUCAGAUUGCAGCUGUGGGAUACAGCUGGGCAAGAGAGAUUCAGGAGUCUUAUUCCGAGCUAUAUCAGGGAUUCGUCUGUUGCUGUUAUUGUCUAUGAUGUUGCAAGCAGGCAAUCAUUCCUAAACACUACUAAGUGGAUCGAUGAGGUUAGGACAGAGCGUGGUAGUGAUGUCAUAGUUGUGCUUGUGGGAAAUAAAACCGACCUUGUGGACAAAAGGCAAGUGUCGAUAGAGGAAGCAGAAGCCAAGGCUCGUGAGCUUAAUGUAAUGUUUAUCGAAACCAGUGCCAAAGCCGGUUUCAACAUAAAGGCGCUCUUCCGCAAGAUAGCAGCAGCUUUGCCUGGAAUGGAAACAUUGUCUUCGACAAAGCAAGAGGAUAUGGUUGAUGUCAAUCUCAAGUCUUCCAAUGCAAAUUCAUCUUCGGCUCAGCAACAAUCAGGAGGAUGCGCUUGUUAA